AUGGCGGACAGCGCCCUACCGAUGGUUCUAAGCGCUGUGCAAGCGCUUUAUGGAAUGGAAGGAGCUGAGCGACAACGAGAAGCCAAUGAGUUCCUACACACUUUUGCAGCUUCCGAUAUGGCAUGGUCAGUAGGUUUUCAGCUAUUGCAGGAUAAAUCAUUGGCAUUGUCCUCCGAAGCACUUUUCUUCGCAGCCAACAUGCUGCACACAAAGGUGCGCAAGGAAUGGGUACGACUGCCAGCAGACCAAAAGGGUGCCUUAACGAUGUCGCUGCAAAUGCUGAUAUCAAAUUCAAGGGAUAGUAUGCAACCAGCUAUUCACCAAAGACCGCUAGCUAAUAAACUGUGUGCCAUCUAUGCGGUUGUCAUGAUCUCAUCUCCAGACGACUGCUCAGCUUUAUUAUCAAGGCUUUUGGCGAAUUGCUCCUCCGCAAGCGCUGAAGAGAUCUCGUUUCUGCUAAUCUUUGCUCGCUGUAUUUGUGAAGAGAUAGAGGAUGCUGAAUUAUCGUUCGCAGUCAAGGAUGCAAUGGAAAUACAUCUUUCUGCUCUGAGUGAUGAUAUCGUAUCGUUAAUUGAAAAAAUUGUACUUACGAAAGAGGACCAAGAUGUCUCUCAUUAG